AUGAGUGCUAGUUCUAGAAGGAUCAAGUUUGUUUCUAUAUCAUUGCCGGUGUUAUAUGGGAAUCAUGCUUACAAGCUCACCCCGGAAACGCGAAAAGCAACGACGCCCCAGGACCAUACUCAUGAAUGGACAGUGUUUUUCAAACCAGUUUUGGGAGAUAUUGACUUGACACCUUUGCUUAAGAAAGUGACGUUUAAGCUACACGAGACAUAUGAGAAUCCUAUACGUACUGUUGAGCGGCCACCGUAUCAAGUCACAGAAACAGGGUGGGGGGAAUUUGAAAUCAUUAUCAAGCUUCAUUUCCACCCAGGUGUUGAUUUGGGGAUAAAUGAGAAAAACUUUCAGAUUUUCCAUGCCUUGAAGUUGCAUCCCUACAAUCCACAGCAUCCAAAAAGAGAAAACGGAGAAGUGCACCUGGUGUUGUAUGACGAAUUGGUGUUUAAUGAGCCAACAGACAAGGUUUUUGAGAUUUUAACGAAAAAACCAAUCAACUUGAUUCCUUACAAACUAUCGAGCCCGGAUAAGCGAGAUCAGGAAUAUAUAAGGCCAGAUGAAACAGAUGAGCUCAAUCGAUUAGAUGUGUAUAUCGAGAAAGUCAAAGAUGAAAUUGCUCACCAGGCGGAGUUGUACAAGAGUUUGGAACAGGAAAAGAUAGCAUUGACUCAAUAG